AUAGCUUACCUCCUAAUUAGCUAACAAAAUAUAUAUGGUAUUAUUAUUUGUACAGAAUUUAAUUUUAGCAUAACUCACCUCCAAAUCAGCUACCAUACCAAACGAGCAUAACUAGUAUAGAACUUGGAGUUGUAGUAGUAGAAGUAAGUGUGAGUUACCAUUACCACUUAAGAAAAAGUUUUUACUGAAAAAGGAGGUGUGUUUCUUGAAUGCAAUUGUCCAACAUCACUUUCUAUGUUUUCUCUCUCUUUCCUUGUGGUCCUUUAAAGCUAGUUCGUUAUCUCUUCUCUUCUUACUCUCUCCUUUUCUCUAACUAGUAACUACCACACCACAACUUCUUCUUCCUCUCCUUAUUCCCAACUUCCACAACAAAAACAAUAGGAAGAAAACUCUUCUUUCUUUUACAUCUAUAAGCUUUCCAUUCUAGCAAAACAGAUAAAAAGGAGACGAAUAUCCAAACCUAAAUUUGUGAGAGAAAAGAGAGACAUAUUUUUAUUUUUUUGAAUUUAAGGAUGUCAAGCAGAAGGUCGAGGCAGUCAUCAACAGGGUCUUCGAGGAUUUCAGAUGAUCAAAUUAUUGAACUCGUCUCAAAAUUGCAACAACUUCUUCCAGAGAUUCGCAAUCGUCGCUCUAGCAAGGCAUCGGCAUCAAAGGUACUUCAAGAAACUUGUAACUACAUAAGAAAUUUGAAUAGACAAGUGGAUGAUCUUAGUGAUCGACUUUCUCAGUUACUCUCCACUAUUGAUGCUGAUAGUCCAGAAGCUGCAAUCAUCCGUAGUUUAUUAAUGUAGUAACUAUAUAAUUAAUGAUGUUUUUUUUAUUUUCCAUUUCUAAAUAUUGGAGUUAUAUUUAUAUACUACCAAGUUCUUGUUUUUUCUUUUUUGUUGCUCUAGUAGACUCAGGUGGUCACUAGCUAGGCCAAUCAUGAGUUAGAAUUUAAUUAGAAUUCAACUGUUAGUAGUGCUGGUUGAGCCAAUGUGAUCCCCUAGCUACGUACGGUCACACGCUUGUAAUUAUAUUUCCCUUAGUUAUAUAAUUAAUUAAUAAGAUAUGAACUUUUGUGCUUUAAAA